UCAUAUGUAAGUGCAAGUUCGUCGCAAGAGUACAGUUAAGUACACGUAUCGCAUCGUUCGCGUUCUCGUUGUUUGAGUCUUAAUCGGUUAUAUCUACGGGUAAAUGUGCCUACAGUGUCAGUGAGAGUCAUGGCAGAAACACCAUCUUUCAGUACCCCCCAAGAAGAGAUAGAAUACUGGAAAAGGGUUGCGGAUGAUUACAGGAAGAAUUGGGAAGAAGCUAAGGAAGAACUAGACGAAUUUCAGAUCAGUAGUCAGGAACUGGAGGCAGAACUUGAAACACAGCUAGAGGCUGCAGAAGGCAAAGUCAAAGAACUGACCGCUGCCAAGGAGAGGUUACAGAAUGAGACGGAUAAUCUCAAGGAAAAGCUAGAGCACUCUCAGAAUGAAUAUCUGAGGCAAAUUAACGAGCUUCAAGAUGAGUUGGCUCAGAUCAAGGCCAUCCGUGAAGAGUUGACCAAAUACAUCAGGGAACUGGAACAGCACAACGAUGAUUUAGAGAGAGCAAAAAGAACUACCGUUACAUCUUUGGAGGAUUUUGAAGCGAGACUGAAUUUGGCAAUCGAGAGGAACGCAUUUCUGGAAAACGAACUUGACGAAAAGGAAACCCUGGAGGUGACGAUACAGAGAAUGAAGGAUGAAGCAAGAGACAUGGCUCAAGAACUGGCUGUCCAAGGUAAGAUGAUGGGCGGCCGGAGCACCCAAGCUGUCCCAGACAACGACAGGAUGGACACUACCCCGCAAAAACACGGUGAUACAAGGCUUCCUGAAACAGACAACAAGGUCUUACACGAAGCGGAGACAAACACGACGCCUGGCCUGAACAGAGUGACUGAAGUAGGCGGAAGUUCUGGAAAUACACCGUUAACAGCGUCUGCCAGAAUUUCAGCGCUCAACAUAGUUGGAGAUCUACUUAGAAAAGUUGGGGCUUUAGAAACCAAGUUAGCGUCGUGUAGAAAUUUCGUCAAAGAUCAACCGAGAAGGGCCAACAGUCCGGUUGAUUCACCAAGGGCAGCCAAGAGAGCCAACAGAACCGGGGCAUCUUCGAGUACCUUGCAAGGAAUGGUUAAAAUCACAGUAUGAUCAACUAGAAAGGUUUGGAACGCAAACAGAUAAUGACAUGAUUUAUUCAGACCAAUCAUGUUUAACAUGUACAAAAUGUAUAAAUGGAGCCAACGUAGUUGGCUGUAGAUUAGUAGAUUAUUAAUGAUAUGUACAUGUUUUCUUUUUAUAAUGUUUGCCGUAAUUGUAAUUGAAAUUGUAAUAAAUGUGUGACACAGAGAAUAAAGCGUAAGUUCUAUUGCCCCGUAUGAAACAUUGCAGAAUAAAGAGUUUUCAUGAAUUGGCAAGAGUUGGUCACCAACAAGCGAAACUUGGUAUAGCCGUAGACCCGUACAUGUCACGGCAGAGGGGGAAGUCAGUGCGUGUAGUCAUUGGGGCUAAGUUUAUGGUACUUACGGGAUCAAUUGUAUUUAUAAAGUAUUUUAUUACUAACCUCUGACUUUACAAGACAUGCAAGAUAACAGGUAUGCAUAUGUUUAUAUUGGUGUUUAUCAAAGGGAAAAAAAAAGCACAUGGCUUGUAAUGAAGCUACAAUGCGGUUGCAAUGCUGCAGGACUGUUGGUUUGUGUACAAAUUGCUCUGGCUGUCCCUCCGUUUCUUCUUUGGAGGUGUUGGUUUUUUUCUGAAUGAAAAUCACCAUCAAUACUGCGAUGGUGUUGUCUCUUGGUAAAUUGACUUGAAGCUUGCAUCAAGCUCAUAGAGCUAGUUAUAGAAACUAGAGCGCUGACUCAUGUACAAAGUGAUGCCUGCUGGGCGCAUCCAUGUUUGUGCACAAACCUGUGGGAAAACUGGAAAUUUUGUAGGGCUAUUUGCAUAUCUGUGUCUAUUCUAAAACGCUACGUCAACAAAGCUGAUACGCAAAGACACUAAUCCACAAUCAGUAAAUGAGUGAUUCAUUUCGCUUUGCAUAAACAGUGCAAAUGUGCGCAUAUUCACCACAGAUGAUUUUGCCGUGACAGAUUUUAGCGGUACCCAUUGCACGUUGAAUACGUUAUUCGAUAUUCAUUCUGAUUUGAUCUGAUUUUGAAUGUUCUACAAUUUUGCACAUGGCUUCAAAAUGUCUGCGUCCAGGACAGCGUCAAAUUUGGUCACGCGGAGAAUGAGAAGUUAGCACUCUAGUAAUUUAAUAUAGCUCUAUGGUCAAGGUACAGAUUGAUCCAACAGACAGGGCAUGUGUUGUAUGUUAUGUCUUCCCCCCACCCCUGGGGCUGGAUUUGACACAAUAGGCACGACCAAUGUUCAUUAGCCUUGAUCUGCAAGUGAGAUCCUUAAGAGAGUUUUGUAAUGGUGCUCAUGACGGCAUCGCCGAUGUGGGCAUUGUUUUUUUUUUUACCGAGGAUAGUUUAUGCUGUGGGGUUGAUAUGUGGAGUUAGUCUGGGUUAACAUGGUGUUACUGUCUCAGGUGUUGUGUGGCAUCUUUAAUCGCAAUGGCUGAUGUCUUAGCUUUCUUGUAAUGAAGUGUUUCAGGAACUUCACCCUGAGCCAUGUGACAGAUGUUGAAGACCUCCUAGGAGGUUGAAGGGGUGCGCAGAUCUUUUUACGCUAGCCUUGUAAUUCCCUAAUUUAAUACGACAGUCGUGGUCCAAAGUUUACAUCUAGACUUGAAGUUUUGACUUCCUUUGCUGUUCCUGACAACCACAGUCGAGCCUCAUUAUGAAGCACGCUGCUCUACCAAAAUACUGUUAUCAAGUGCAAAUUCUGAGAAUCUCAAUCAUUUGAUGACUUCUUUUGUUUUUUCCAUUCCAAUUCUCACAAAGUUCUGGUUGUAACAAAGUAAUUUGUAUGGUCCUAGUGACUUUGUUACAACCAAAGCUGACCAUUCUUUUUCUGUGGCUGUCCAGCUCCAGAUGGCACAUCUAUUUUAUUUCCAUGAAGCUAUAAAUAAAUAAGAUAGAGCCGUACUUUGAUUGAUCAGACUUAAAAGAGGAUGGUUGCAAGGAAUGAAGAGUAGUCUUAAAAACACUUCCAGUCAGCCUGUAAAGUUUCGACCACAAUUAUACAUGUACAGGUACUAGGAUAAGCUGUUUAUUUACACAGUACAUGUACCAUUGAAUUACCACGGCUCUGGUGCAUGGUAACUUAGAAUGCAUUACUAAUCAGGAUCAAAAUACUUAUGAAUAGAUACUAACAUUGAAUCAAUGUUCAAGGGUUUACAUUUUAAAUGUGCAACUGCUGCUGAAAUGAUCCAAAUUGACAGAAAGCCCGAUAUCCAUUCUUGCCUCCCUGUCCUCAUUUGGAGAGGAUGUUAAUUUCUUCUUUGUGAAAGUUUACAUGAAUCACUCUCAAUCUUGUCAUCUUAUCUACAUGAGUAUCACAUGCCUUGUCAUUAUCAAACUCUUUAUUUUCUCUUGUUUGAGUUGGUUAUAAAGAGGCAUUUUAUGCCAUGUAUUCGUUGGUGUAACUUAAACAUUUCCUAUUUAAGAAAUUUCACUGGCUGCAUAAAUGACAAGUGAUGUUCAGAACGGAGGAACACGGUGAAACAUUUUGCUCAGCAGAUAAUGACCGAAGACAUCUGUAAUAUAUUGACUGGACUGCUAUCGGAAUGUGCCUCGUGCACAAAGAGCACACAUGUGCAAUCAAUCCUGAACCGCCCACGCAUUGGUUGGUCCAACUUGGCUCGUGUUAUGCUUUCAAUCUUGCAUGACCCUCCUGUGGUUUUUAUUUUAAAAAGACUUUCCAAUCAUCCAUCUCGUGGGUUUUUAAAAGAUGUAUUGGGAGUUAAGAGUGGGCAGAUCGCGCUCUAUGUGUAUUCUUAGAUAUGGCAGAAGAUUCGCCAGACUGCACUUAGAGCAUUUCAGGUUGUGCGUUUUUAGAUUUGAUGUCACUUUAGAUGCCAUUUAUACUGUUGUAUUUAUAAUUAACAGGAUUUCAUAAUGGUCAGCAUUAAACUGAGAUUAAGCUUUAGUUUUAAAAGAUAAGGUUUUUAAUUCAGCAUCGCCAAAAAGUUUGCUAUACGGCCAUUUUUUUCUGAGCUGUGAAAACUGGAAAUGAACUUCUAAAUUUUGACACUCCUUCUAAUAGUCUGGUAGAAUACUCCACACUAAACUAACGACGGAGUUUGUCAUUUCAGUUUGGUGUUAGCCUGUAACACGCAAACCUUUCACCAACAAACAAACAUGAACUUUUGCUUUCCAUUUUAAUCUGUCUGAUGUCACUUUAAAACUUCACACUCAAAGUCGUAUCUUGAGUUUAAGUAUGCAAUCUAAUUUUUUGUCCAUGUCACAAAAGUGAUAAGCUAUCAUUGUACAUCUGAGCAUACGUGUUUAAGAAAUAAAGUAAACCAGCAUUUUAAGUGACAACUUA